CACUGAGCAGCACUGACAACAUGGUCAAAUAUUUUUCUGUGGACUGGCUGGCCCAGAGCCACCGCAACACCACAACCACUGGGGAGCACGAACUUGGCACGGAUACUGCACUGACCCACAGACCGCAUAUGCCCUGCGUGGUGCAGCCGCGUCCCCCAACUUUUGGCAAAGGUUACUUACAGCCGAAACCCAAACCAACAAAGCCCGUUGAUCUCACGGAACAAAUGGACUCCAACAGGCCCCUGGACUCCACUCUGUGUUCCUCACCAACGUCAGAAAUUAGCGGCUAUUCCUCCGGGUAUGAGAGCGAAGCCACUUCGUCUGAGUGUCACUCUAUGGAUGAGGAGAAGGACGGACCUCAGCGCCGUGUACGCACGAAGUUCACACCCGAACAGAUAAACAAACUGGAAAAGAUAUUCAACAAACACAAAUACUUGGAUGCUGGAGAGAGAGUGAAGACCGCACAGAAGCUGAGCCUCACAGAAACUCAGAUCAGGACGUGGUUUCAGAACAGGAGGAUGAAGCUGAAGCGGGAGGUGCAGGACUAUCACACUCCCCAGGUCCCGUCGGUGAUGUUUCAGUCUCUGCCUCCAGUUCAGUACCACAUGAUGGGACAACAGCGGCCCCAUUACCCCGCGGCUGGACCCCAUUUUUACCCGAUCUCCGUCCCGCAGAUGGUCCUCCAACAACCGAUGUCCCCUCACCCUCCUCCUCAUCGUCUCAUGAUCCACAAUCCUCAUUACUACUGAUGAUGAACUGUCUCCCUGAGACCCUUCCGACUGCAACACUUAAAAAGAAUCAAAGAAAAGUGCAAUACAGAGUUUGUUUUAUUUGAUGUGCAUUAAU